AUGCCUAGGACACCUCCUUGGCUCACCGGCGGGGAAAAGGCGAAACGUGAACCAGACUUACCAGCUCCAGCAAUAAAGCGCACUUCAAGUCCCCGUUUGAGAGAUGAAACACCAACGAAGAAGGACUUUGUUUCUAGGAAAGACUUCUUUAAGUCAUUUAGAUUUAUCCGUGAAGGUCUUGAUGAAGACGACAUCUACAUAAUGGUAGAAGACGAAUUCUACACUGUCGCACAAACUUUCACGCGACAUCUACAUUACGCUGAAUACGUGCGUAGCAAAAAAGAAGCGAAAGUCCGCAAUGCAGACACGAUUGCAGAUAUCGCGAGACCAACAAGCGGGGCCACGCCGAUGAGCGUGGAGCUGAAGAAGAGAUAUGCUGCGGAUGAGCUCGAGGCAAGACAGCAGGAUGGGCUGGAUGCGCUUCUGGGGAAGCAGUUGGCACGCGAUGGAGACCCAGGUGAUGAUCCCGAGGUGGACGUCUCGUGGGCUGGGACACAUUUGCAGGAUUUCAUGUUUCGUCCGAGGAAGGUGAGGUCGUUGGCUGGAUUGCAAAAGUCUAAGCCUUCGACGAAGGCGGCAGCGGAGUUUCCGCGAUCUUCUAGACUGGGCAGCGACUCUGCAGUCGGCAAUGGCCCCGAUGAUGAUAUGCCUGUUGGGGAGGGCCAGAAAGAGCCUGCGAUUACGGAUGAAACCACUGAUGACGAUGACGAUCUGGAUGCUGGGGUGAGCCAGGUAAACCUGGCGGCUGCGAGAAGCAGCAGCACCCCGUCUAUCUCGGGGCCGCGGCGCACGUCCGCUGCGGUCCGACUCUCGAAAUUGACUGGCCCUCCGAGUGAGGCAUACCUCAAUGAUGUUGGUGAAUGCCAACCUCCAGUAUCUAAGCAAAAGAAGGACACGUCGAGCUCGGAACUGCCUCGUCUUCCCUCUUCGAUACGCAGUCCCAGCAAGGAUCGGCAGGCCGAAGUUAAAAAGGAACAGACUACAAGACCGAGGGACAGCCUAUAUGCUACACAGGCCAGAAGAAGAUUCGUUUUCGAUGAUUCUGACGAGCAUUUUACGGCAAGCUCGAACUUGCUGCACUGGUCGUCUUCCUCGGUGCUCCCGGGCGGCCAAAAUAGCCCGGGCGGUAUUCAAAAAAGGCUGGAGGCUACGAAUCCAGAAAGCACUAGACCGAACAUUACGCAAGGUAAAAGGGGCUUGGUCCCUGAUGAUUUCGACGGGCUCCCUGAGCCGCGCAAGCCUCGUAUACAUUCUGAAAGCCAAACCCCUCAAUUUAUUAACGCUCAACAGAAGAAAUCCAGGGAUAAGGACACGACGUCGGAAAAGUCACGACUUAAUGAAGUACCAACGUUUUUGAUUUGA